UUUGAACCUAACACCAUUUAUGUAGUUUUCUCGGAUCCUCACAAAAUACUCUCUCUCUCUACUUUCAAGAAGAAUUAGAGGGUUUAGCAGUGAAGGAUGAAGCUGAAGCAAUUAGAAGGUCUUCUUGGUUCUCUUGACCAGUUCUCCACUCCAAAGAUUGAACUUGAACAAUACCCUACUGGACCCCACAUUGCUUCUCGCAUGCUUUUCACUGCUGAGAAUUCAUUUGAGGAUGUGAACAGUAAGGUGGUAGCUGAUUUUGGAUGUGGUUGCGGUACAUUAGGCCUUGGCGCGGGUCUUUUAGGAGCUGAAAGUGUUAUUGGGCUAGAUAUUGAUACUGAGUCUCUUGAGAUUGCAUCUGCAAACAUGGGUGAGCUUGAGCUAGACAUGGAUUUUAUUCAAUGCGACAUGAGAAACUUAAAAUGGAGAGGUCAGAUUGUUGAAACAGUGGUUAUGAAUCCACCUUUUGGUACACGGAGGAAAGGUGCUGACAUGGACUUUCUCUCUGCAGCAAUGAAGGUUGCUUCUCAAGCUGUUUAUUCCUUGCAUAAGACCACAACAAGAGAACAUGUGAAAAGAGCAGCAUUACUAGAUUAUAAUGCAAGAAGUGCUGAAGUUAUAUGUGAGCUUCGAUAUGAUGUGCCACAACUGUACAAAUUUCACAAGAAAAAGGAGGUUGACAUUGCGGUGGACCUCUGGCGUUUUGUUCCUCAAAGAAAGCAAGAAAGAUCUCUGUAGUAGCACUAUAAAUAGCACGAAUGCAGAAAUGAUGCGUGUAAAAUGAAGUAUACCCCAUCUCUGAACUGUUUCAGGUUUCUCAGGAAGUAUAGUUCUAUAAAAGAAGAGUAUCUUGUACAAUGUGCUCCUGAACGAACUGUGAGUUUUGACUUGCUAUUUGAUGUCCAUAUGCCUUCUAGA